AUGGAACCGGCCAACAACUUCCUCUCCCACUCGGCCGGCCUGUCCCUCUACCCCGCCAUCACCUCCUCCUCCAUCCUCCCGCCCAGUCCAGGCGCUCAGGAUUCAGUAGCGGCCCGCUCUGCCCUGGCCGUGUCGGGUCAGAACGGCUGGGGCAACUACGGCAACGACGGGCUGGUGCCCCACAACAGCUGCAGCAUGUCCUCCUACUCCAACCUCCAGCUGGGCGCCAGCUUUCCCAUGAACAGCAAGGCGGCCGCCUACAACGCCUUCGCGGGCGGGGACUACCUCAACAACUGCCGCCAGAUGCAGAUCUCCUCCCUGGGCUCGCUCAACGGCAUGGGCCGCUACCACCCGGGCUUGUACGGGGAGAUGUACCAAGCCGGACACCCGCCGGCCUAUCCGAACGGCGGCUUUUAUCCGGAUAUGGGAGCCGGUUUGCCACCCCUGCCCGGCCGAGAUCUCAACUGCUCCAGUGCUCAAUCGGAUUCCUCUUCCGGUGAUUCACUCGAUUUUUUAACAAGUGAGGCGACAACAGCUGAAUCUGUGCAGUUUUGCCUGAGACUGACCAAUGUCACCUGCAGCAAUGACAGUGUCAAGGUCUGGUUCCAGAACCGGCGGAUGAAGCGCAAGAAGCUGACCGAGCGCGCCAAGACCCGGAUCAGGGAGGACCAGGAGAACAAAGACCACGAGCCCGGACAGCCGCAAGCCGCCCAGCAGACGCACCACCACCCCCAGCAACAGCAGCAGCAGCAGCAGCCGCCCCAGCCACAGCACCAGCCGCCGCCCCCUCCCCAGCACCCUCACCACCACCACAACGGUCACCACGCUACGAACGGACACCAUCCUCACCCGCACCAUCACCACCACCACCACCCUCCACCUCAGCACCACCCUCACAGUUCCCACGUACAACCCAAGCAGGAGUUGCCCUCACAACCAGUGGGCGUAUAGCGACGUAAAAAAACAACAGCAUACAAAAACAUAUAACAAAAAACAAACUUCUAAUUUCUCAGUUCGUCAUCGCUGAUGAUGAUGAUGAUGAUGAUGUAUCACAUUAUUUUACAGAUUUACACACAUCCCCCUUUCCCACUCAACCCCUUUCCACCCUCCUUCUCAAUCGCCCGAGGUUUUCCCCCUCUUAUUUUAUCAACCGUGUUUCAUCGUUGAAAUCGGCAAGCUGAGCGAGCGGGGCGUGGAAGUCAUCCAGUCUUUUUUGAGGGAAGAAACGCAUCAUUAUUAUUAUUAUCAUCAUUAUUAUUACCUCCUGCCCUCGAUCAAUGUCUCGCGUUGUGGAUGUGGAUGUGGAUUUGGAUGUGGAUGGAAUCCUGUCUGGGACAAGUUCGCCCUUCUUACCGCACCCAGCGUAAACCACACAACAAAGGACGCGCACAACUUGAAUGUGUGUGAGGCGGAUACUACUGCACCCUAGCGCAGAGCAACUUCUGGACAGUGACGCCAUUGGCACAGUGACGCCAGCACAGGUUUCGGAGCACAUCACUUUGGUUAUAAGGAACCUCCACUGGCAUCAGUAAAAACCUGUGGUCAACCCACCCAGCCACUCAUCCAUCCACACAUCCAUCAACCCACUGACUGCCUGAGCUCUUCAUGAGGACCCCGGCGAAGGAUUCUGGCAGGUUGUAGAGACAUUAUUGAAAGACAUGUUAUGCUACAAUGUCUUAGUAACGUCGUCUCUGCUUUGUUUCUAAGUCUCUUCUGCUGUUGUAGAUGAUCACCGUGUAUGAUUUAAAUGUCAGGGGAGAUUCCCUUGAAGUUUACGCGAAAAGAGUUCUUUAGAUAAUGUAAUUAUAUUGUAAAGAGAUUUUUUAAAACUUAAUGAGUGUGCACAAGUAUUAAAAUCGUCCUGUUUGUUGUAAA